CUUUUACCGAACUUGUGAUGCUCUGCCCGUUUGACUUUUUGGCGCAGCUGAUGUUCAAAAUGUUUUGCUUUUAUUUUAAAUUUAAGUUUCCAAUUUCCGUAUAAAAACAUAUUUAUUUAAACCAUCAGAUACCGCUUUGACAGUGCGGUACAAUAUUUUCUUUGAAAACCGAACCCAGACUGCUCCAAAGUUUACGAUUAUCGGUGGAAUCUCCCACUACUCAUUUUGGUUUUCUUCAAUGAAGUGAAGGUGCCUACCCUGCAAUGGCCUACGUGUUGAUCAGAAAUGAAGAGGAAGAAAUAAUUGAAAGUGCUGAUAGAACUAACUCUUCCACGGUUGAAAAUCGUUCGUCCGAAAAUGAAGGUCAAUCGCUUAAGGGGGGAGCCGUGCUCACAGACGUUAAGCAGAGACUUAAAUCGCUCGACGUUUUCCGGGGCUUAACAGUAGCUCUUAUGAUACUUGUUGAUGAUGCUGGAGGUGCAUUACCUGCUAUAAAUCAUUCCCCUUGGGAUGGUGUAACACUUGCAGAUUUUGUCAUGCCAUUUUUUCUGUUCAUUGUUGGUGUUGCCCUUGGGCUGGUGUACAAGAAAGUAACAAAUAAGGUUGUUGCUACACAAAAGGCCAUUUUAAGGGCUAUCAAGCUUUUUCUUUUGGGUGUCAUACUACAAGGUGGCUACUUUCAUGGACUAAAUAAUCUGACUUAUGGAGUUGACUUGGAACAUAUACGAUGGCUUGGUAUACUACAGAGGAUUUCCAUUGGGUACUUUCUAGCAGCAAUGUGUGAAAUUUGGAUGACAUGCAACUGUCCGGUAGACUCAUUUCUGGGAUUUGUGAAGAAAUACUACCUCCAAUGGGUGUUUGCAGCCGUACUAUCAACUGCUUACUUGGGAUGUUUGUAUGGUCUAUAUGUGCCAGAUUGGGAAUUUGAAUUACCAAUGAUAAAUUUCUAUGGAACUCCGUCAAAUGCUGGUUCUGAAAUGGCUAUGGUUAAAUGUGGUGUGAGGGGAAGCCUUGAGCCGGCUUGUAAUGCUGUCCGCAUGAUUGACUAUUAUGUUCUUGGUGUGAAGCAUUUAUAUCAAAAUCCCAUGUACAAACGAACAAAGGAAUGCAGUGUUAAAUCUCCCGAUUAUGGUCCAUCUCCAGAAAAUGCACCUAUUUGGUGUCAAGCUCCUUUUGACCCAGAGGGGCUAUUAAGCACAAUUAUGGCUUCAGUAACGUGUUUUAUUGGACUGAAUUUUGGGCAUAUCCUGGUGAAUUUUAAGGGCCAAUGGGAGAGACUUUAUCUAUGGACAAUCUCUUCCUUUGUACUUAUAUUGAUUGGAAUAUUUCUAGAGAUGCUGGGAAUGCCUUUAAACAAACCCCUCUAUACAUUCAGUUACAUGUGUGUCACAUCGGGUACAGCAGGUUUUCUCUUUGCUGCAAUAUAUUUGUUUGUUGACGUGUAUGGGUACAGGCGUCCAACAGUGUUACUAGAGUGGAUGGGAUUGAAUGCCCUUAUUAUAUAUGCACUUGCUGCAUGCGAUUUGUUUGCUGCAGCCAUUCAAGGAUUUUAUUGGAGUUUACCGAAGAACAACAUUGUGAAUGCUGUUGAGCUGCUGAUCCAAGGAAUACUCCACUCUAAAAGGUGGGGUAAGCUAGUGUAUGUGUUUUUUGAGAUUUUCUUCUGGUCUCUUAUUGCAGGCUUACUACACAUUAAAGGAAUCUAUAUAAAGUUGUAAUAUAAAUAAUGUUAUGAUAAAUCAUAUUUGUAUCAUCUUUAUCACAUUAUAUUUUUGUUCUCCUUAGAAUGGUAGAAUGGACACGAUCUGCAUUUAAAAUAUGUUACAAGGUUUUCUGUUGUAGCUGCUUGUAAUGUGUACCCCAGAAUUUUUUUUUUCUUUUGAAAAUGAAUUUUGCCAUUCAAGGUUACUUGCCAAAA